AUGUCUAGUAACUUGAAUAAUAAAGCGGGUUUAAUCGGUGACCCCGAUUUUUCCCAAUAUGGUGAUUUUGCCCAGGAUAGUAAUGUUGUCAAAGAUGACAAGACUAUCAAGAGAUUAUUAUUAACUUCUUAUUUCACAAUUAAUGAAAGAAAUGUUCCGAGGAGCAAUUUUAGAAGUUUCUGUAAAGUAUUUUUAGAUCUAGUUGCUAGCUGUGGCCUUGAAUACAUAUUUGAUGUUGGUCCAAACGGCGUUCGCCCUAGCAAAACUGUGAUUAGAUGUAUAAAUAACUUGUUUUACCAAAAGCAAGCUUAUUUUCCCCGUGAAUUUAAGGAUUCGCAACCAUAUGAUAUGUUAGUUGAGUUGGCGAAUGAGGAUUCUGAUGAAGAUGAUGAAGAAAGCUAUGACAGUAUUUGUCGUGAGUGGAAAAAGUUACACUACGAUGGUUCACAAAAUGCUAAGAUCUUCAAGAAAAGUUUAUUGAGAUUAGUUGCUAAAACCAAAGCAUCCAGUGCACCAAUGAGUGACUAUGAAAUAAAAUACCGUCUCAUUAAAUCUUUAAAAGGAGCCUACGCUAACAUUAGUGAUUAUAUUGAUUAUCAGUAUAAUGGAUUAGAAAAUGUCAAAUUAGAAGACAUAUUGGAUAUCAUUGUCAAACGGUAUGAUCAAUACAAAAAGACCAAGUCAGUAAGGUCAAGAGUUGAUAAUGAAGUUAAAGCUUAUGGUCGUAGUCAUAAACAUGAUGAUUACGGAUCCAUGACCGAAUCCAGUACCAAAGCAAAGAUAGUGUGUUACAGUUGUAACAAGGAGGGUCAUUAUAAAAAUGAAUGUCCUAGUCUUAUUGUGAAAAAGGAUAGUUUUAAAUCUAAUGCCUCGACACUUACCAAAGGUAAAGUUAAGCUGGUUAACAAUCAGGAGAAUAUGACUAAAGUUAGUCGUGUUGAUGUUAAUAAUCAGGAUGGUGAGACUGAGGAAGGUCUUACUGAAAUUAGUCUUAGGCCUAUCUGCAUUAAGAUAGGUUUCCAAGAAAUUGAACUUUGGCCUUCAUUGUAUCAAAAGAAUUACGAUGGUGUUGAAGGUAUCAAGCACACCAUUCUUUUGGGCCUAUUUGUAGAUGACAUGGUGGUUGUCUCCUCCAAAGAAUGUGAUUUUAAAGAACUGGUUGCUAUGUUGAAUACGCGCUACACGGUUAAAACAGUCAAUGAUGGAAGUGAACCUAUUUAUGAUAUUCUUGGAUUAGAAAUAGAAUAUAAGGUUGGUAGUCAUUUGUCAAUGACUAUGGGGAAGUCUUUGGAAGAAAAACUCCCAAAGUUAGUGUUGGAAAUUUGA